AGUACAAACGCGCCAUGAAGAAUGCGACUGUUCGCUCGGUUUCACCUGAACUCUCCAGGUGAUGUCACAGAGCGAGACCCGAGUAACAGGAUCGGGGACAUUUCUCCCCUACUUAAACCUACCUGACACAUGGAGCGCGCGGUCGUGGAUACAUUUUUAACAGGGAUCCCUUCAGUACCAUCAGCGGAUAAAAUGGCAAACAUAUUUUCUUAUGAGAGCUCGGAAGUGGACUGGUGUGAAGAUAACUAUAAACACUCAGAGAUUGUUGUGGAAUAUUUUAACACGUUCAGCAGUUUCAUCUUCUUUGUGAUCUCCCCCAUUAUGCUUUACCUGUUACAUCCAUAUGCCAGGGAAAGGAACCUGGCUGUGCACCUGGUUUGGAUCAUGAUGGUCUUUGUAGGUAUCUUCUCCAUAUAUUUUCACAUGACUCUGAGUUUCAUGGGACAGAUCCUUGAUGAGUUGUCAAUCCUCUGGGUUUUGGCUAUCGGUUAUUCUCUGUGGUUCCCACGCAAGCACUUCCCGUCUUUUGUUACGGACAGGAGAUCCUUCUCUCAAUUGGUUCUGGUUAUGACGUUUGUAACCACUUUAUUCUCCUUUUACAAACCUACAGCCAACGCUUACGCUCUCAACUUCUUUGCGAUACACAUCAUCUACUCCCUCUUGGUGGAAUUAAAAGAUUGCCCAAAUAAGAGAGUUUUGCGACUGACCUGGGCAUCUAUUGGCCUGUGGGUGCUGGCCAUCUCCUGCUGGAUCAGCGAUCGCUUUGGCUGUAGCUUUUGGCAGAAACUGAACUUCUGUUAUCUGCAUGGGAUAUGGCACAUUUUGAUUGUUUUAGCCACUGCUUAUGCUAGCACUUUGAUCGCCUAUCUGGAUGCUACCCUGGAGAUCCCCUACUCACUACCUGACGUGCAGUACUGGCCACGGGAUAGCUGGGCAAUUGGGCUGCCUUACAUUGUCCUUAAAGGCACCACAAAGCUGAAGAAGAGGUGUUAGCAGACAGAACAAAAAGCAGAGAUGCAUAGUCAUAUUUAAAAAGCUGCUUGGUGUAAUGCUGAUCUAGGUUCAGCUUGUCUUAUUCUAGACAAUAUAUUAUAUACUGUAGGCAGGAUAGAGAUAAUCCUGGAUUAGAGAGACCUUGCGCUUUGAACGUUUAAAGGGAAAGUAAUUGUUAUACGAGACAAAUUUUACAUCAUGUGGUGAUGUUGCCAUUUCAGGCACUUCGUCCAGUGUGUGUGUGCAUGUGUGUGUGUGUGUGCGUGCAUGUGUGCGUGUGUGCUCUGUAAAGCUGCAGAUGACUGUCUGUGCACUGAUUGUAUUAUCAUUUUUACAAACAACUGUUUUGUAAAAAAUUGUAUUUGCACUGUUGUGCAAAGAUUGAAUGUAUUUACGACAUUUAAUUCUUAAAUUUGAAUCAAGGGCUUUAACGCUUUUAAAAGACAAUUUUAAAGUGUGACAAUUACUUGUAACAAUAACUUGAUUUUUGGGAAAAACUUGAAUGGUAAUUGUUAAGAAAUGCUUUGGUGUGAACUUCACACUGUGAAGGUGCUAAUGUAAAAUAUGUUGGAUUAAGAGUCUAUUUAUGGAGAAGUCACCGUAUUUGUCUGAUAUUAGACGUCAGUUCAAUAAUAUUCUGAAAAAUGGUGAAACUGUUUGUUUACAAAUGUAAUAAUUGGGACUGUAUUGGUGUUGGAAUUGUUUUUAAACGUGUUUUGUAAAGAGAACUUUAUACUUUCGAUAAACUCCAUAUCCUUGUAUGAAAUUGUGUACAAUGAUGUAUUGACAUGACAUCACUGUUAAUACAAGAUGUAUGUGGCAUUAAAUAAACUAAUAUCAUCACUGUA